CACGCGUUGAAAGAAAAAGAUCGGAAAAUCAUGAAGAGGGCAGAGACGCCCCAGGGAGCUCUUCGUGAGCUCAAGACCAUACACGACCCUGAAUCAUCUGUACAGCCGUCAGAGGACCUCAAGUCCCUGACGUCGACCAAGAUCUCUAGAGGUGAAAACCCCCAAAACGUCCUCAAUAAGAUGCUCCGAACCGCAAAGUCCUUAACGGAGAAAGGACUAACUGUCAACGAAACGUUCGUCCUUCACCUCUUCCUGGAUGCCCUUUCGGACGAGUAUGCCAUGACAAAGCACAACCUGCGACACGCGAAGGAGUUGACGCGGACCGGUGAAGUAAUGAUCGGAUGCAAGGCGAUCAAGGACAAGCUGGAGCAGGGGAAAGGAAAAGGGGCGAAGGGCGCAGAGCAAGCGUACUUCGCCGACGGUGAGGGCCGCAAGGAGCGGUACUCAAGUAGGAGUCAGGGGCAAGGUCGUGGUCGUGGCGGCGGCCGUGGCCGUAGCAGCAGUCGUGGCCGCGGCGGAGGGGGCCGCGGCGGCGGCGGCGGCGGUCGCGGCGGCCGCUCAGGCGGAUCCGGAGGAGUCGAGGAGAGCAAGGGAAGCAGCAGUGGAGGCGCCGAUGGCGGCGGUGGCGGGGACUGUAAGUUCCCGGGCCGGUGCUUUAGGUGUGGAGAUCGUGGACAUGAAGCGAUCGGCUGCACUACCAACGAGAAGGAUUUCGUGCCGUGGUGUGCGCGCUGCGAGGGGUGGGGCCACACCAAAGAAAAGUGCGCGACGGAGGAGGCCGUCCUAGCGCAAGUGGUGGAGCAUGAGAGCGACGUGGACUCCGUGGAAGACCAGGCGUUUUGUGCCGUGGCAGUCCCCCCAGGCGAGUGUGGUACCGUUGGUGAAGUAGGUCUAGUGGGGGUUGUGGAACAAGGCCAGGCGGUGUACGUGGCCGACACAGCGGCCACGUGCUCCAUGUUCCGAUGUGCAGACAACUUCGUGAACUACCGUGAGCGUAGCGGUUGGGUGAAGGGGAUCGGAGGCGACAAGGCCCCCGUUCCUCUUCUAGGAUACGGAGAUGUGACCUUAGUCCUACAGACGGAAGAUGGUGGAGUACCCGUACCAGUACUGAAUGCUGCCCAUGUACCAGAGGCCCCCUACAACCUCCUCUCGCUGUCUUCGUUGGCGGAGGAGGGCCACACGUAUUCGGGGAUGAAGGGGGGCCUCACGCUGACCACGAAAGCCGGGGGGGAGGUGUGGUUCCCCCGGACUGGAAAGCUGCUGACCCAACGAGGCUAUCAAAUAAAGCCAACGCUACACACCGCCUGUGCCGCACUCAUUGUUCCUGGCGAUGCGAAAGCAGCCAACCCCACUGACCUCAACGAGUACCACCUCGCGCACGGCCAUGCCCACGAGACAUUGCUCAGGAUCACGGCGGAGCAGCAGGGAGUGCAGCUGACGGAUGGACCGCUGCUACCCUGUCUUGGCUGUUCGAUGUCCAUGGGACAGGUGAAACCCGUCCAGAAGAGCACGAGCACACGCGCACUACUACCUCUCGCAGAUGACGAGGAGGGCGGGGACGGCGAGAGCAGAGCGAAUGCAUCACGCCAAGGUUGGGGGGGGACUCAGAGAGUGAGUCUGACCUCGACGUGAUGGAGGCUCGUGGGCCAGGGCAAGCGACGCCGUUUGUGCGCGAGGAGGCGCCGACGGCACCCGGCAACGGGAUUCCGGGGGACGGAGGCAGCGUUCCCCCGUCGCCCCCUUCGGGAAGGGGCGACUUCGGCGGAGGCAUUGACAGCCCCACCG